UGGCCCCCUGCGCGGCGCCGCCCCGGCCGGGCCGGGUCACCUGGGGAGCUGCGGGCAGGUGUGCAUCUCCCCGGGCGUCCCCGCUGCGCACGGCGUGGAGAACCGCUGUCCGACGGUGACUCGUGCCACCCGCGCGGCUCCCGUAAGGACAGUGCCCAUAUUUAGCCGAAAACCAACCGUGAUUAAGUGAAAUAAGGGCACUGGCUGACCCGGUGGCCACUGAGGAGGAGGUCACCCCUCCGGGCAGUGAAAGAUCGCCUUCUCUGUGAAAAGCUGAGGCCGCUAGUUUCAUUUUAAAGUGGAUCUUAUUAUGAAAGCGGUGUUUGCCUUUCCCCUUUUUGGAGCUGGGAUUGAACCCAGGCCUCAAGCUUGCGUUCCCUGUCACUGCGACACACGCCCAGUCCCCCGAAGCAACUAUGCUCCUAGAAGCACGAGUAUUUCGAGGAUUUGCCUCUACAGCUUCUCUCUGUGCGGAAUCAGGGAAGAAUGAAAAGGGACAUUCACUAAAUCCCAAGAAGCAAAGUCUACCAAAAAAUGUAGUGGAACCAAAGGAGAGGGUCAAGCCACUAACCCCCCAGACUGCAGCUGCACCGCCUGACAGCCUGUCUCCACCCCGUCCUCCCCUGCCAUGUGGGAGCAGAGGCGGGACACUAGCUAGCCCCCACCCCAGUGGCAGCAGGCUGCUCUCAGAGGAAGGGCCCCUGCAGCGUUUUUCGAGGAAGACUUUGGUAGAAUUUCCUCAAAAGGUCCUGCCUGCAUUCCAAGAACAGGGUUCUGACUCCAAGGUUCAUCAGGUUCCUGGGCACCAGAGGGACGACUCGUCCUCCUCCUCUUCCUCCUCCUCCUCCUCCUCAUCCAGCUCCUCCGAUUCAGAGUCUGACGAGGAGGGGGAUGUCCCAGAAGUUAGUCCCCCAGGGGUGAGCAAAGGCAAGGGACAGUUUUCAAAGCCAGAGGCCACCCGCCCCUUUGAGAAGAAAGACCCCAAAGCCACGGCAUCUGCAAAAGAGAAUACUGGGGUGCAGAGGCCACCCGUGGAUGUCACCUACCCAGGGCAGCCCCAUCCGCUGAAGAAGACGGGGCCCUCCACCAAGUCAGUAAAGGACAGAAAAGAAGCCAAACCAAAACCCACCACACCCAGCUCACAGGCCAGUGAAGAGAUUUUGAAGAAAAAUGUAAAGAAAGAAGAAUUGCAGAAAAUAUUUAGUUCCAAUGAGACAGAUGAAGAAAGCCAAAAGCCAUUUGAUGUUCAGGACACUUUACCUGGCCACACAAAAGCUGGACCUUCAACACAGCAGAGUGGCCGCCCAGUGUUCGCAGUGCAGACAGAGGAGGCCAGGGCGCGGGAUCAGCUGCCAGCUGCCGCCCCUGGGGCCCAAGGCAGACGCCUAGAACCUCAGGUGCCUGGGCCUGGUGGGAAAGCCUCUUCUCCCCCAGCCAGAGAAGAAAACGUGGGGAAACAGGUAACGGAAAGACACUCAAAGGCCAAAGGGGGCAUCUUGGAAGAUCAGGUACCAGUGAGAGACGAGAAGAAGGCAGACGUCUCUGGAGAGAAGGCCGCAGGACCACAGCCUGAGGAGAGGGGCCAGGCCACUGAAGACGCAGCGCCCUGCAGGGAAGCCCAGGGCCACACACAGGAGCCCGCCCAGGCCCCAGCGCCCCCCAAGCCAAAUGACACCACCACCUACAAGAACCUGCAGCAUCACGACUACAACACGUACACAUUCCUCGACCUGAACCGGGACCUCUCCCAGUUCAGGAUGCCUCAGCCCUCUUCUGGACGUGAGUCCCCUCGGCACUGAGCCCUCUUCUGGACGUGAGUCCCCUCAGCACUGAGCCCUCUUCUGGAGUGACCUGGCCUCCUCAUCUUGGCUGCAAAAAUAAAAAUCACUUGAUUCACAAGCCCA